AUGUGGACUACCGAGUGGCUGGGAGUGAUAGUGUGCGUGGCGGUGGUGAGGUCGGCGACGUGGAGGUCGUCGGUUGACCUGAGCCCCGAAGGGGACGUCCGACUGUCCUGGACGCCCAGGACGGAGAGGGUGGAGUUCCAAGUUGAGGCGAGGACCACGGGAUACGUCGGGAUCGGUUUCUCCAGAGACGGGAGCAUGCGGGGCGCAGACCUGGUCAUAGGCUGGGUGGAGGAUAACAGUCAAAAAGUGUUUUUGUUGGACUACCAUGGUACUUCCAGGAACGGAGCACCUGUGUUGGACACUUCACAAAACUACGAGUUGCUUGGAGGACAUCAGAACACGACACACACUGUAAUCAGGUUCCAGAGGGCUUGGGACACCUGUGACCAUCAGCAUGACAAAAUACUGGGGAACGACACAGAAAGGAUUAUCUGGGCCUGGCAUUCGAAGGACCCGCAGGAGUCAGGAGUGCUGGAGUGGCAUGAUAAGUUGCACCGUGGUUCCCGCAGUGUCCACCUCAUCAGUGGUACCAACCAUACAAACAAAGGCGCCAACAUACCCCAUGUGAAACAGUGGGACGUCCUGCUCAACAAUUUUUCAGUACCGGAAAACAUGGACACAAUGUACUGGUGUAAAAUAUUCAAAAUUCCUUCAAUGAACGGGAAGAGACACAUAAUUGGUUAUGAGCCGAUCAUCUCUGCAGGGUCACAGGGCCUUGUGCAUCACAUGCUGCUGUACUCGUGUGCCGGAGGGGCCCAACUGGAGGCCUACUCAGACCCCCGCCACCCCGGGGCCCCAUGUCAUGGCUCCGACAUGCCCACCGCCUGGGAGACCUGUGUGGCACCUGCCGUGGCCUGGGCCGUCAGCUCCAAUGGUGAAUUCCUCCCUGACCAUGUUGGAAUACCGAUCGGAGAAAAUAGAAGAUCAACAUUUUUCAUGCUGGAGAUACAUUAUGAUAAUCCUACGCUGAAGAAAGUGGUAGACAGUUCAGGUCUGCGGGUAUUCUACACAGACAAGCUGCGAGCCAACGAUGGAGCCAUCCUUGUGACUGGGAUCAUCAUCUCUCCUCUCCAAGUGAUUCCCCCUUACCAGACCAACUACAAGACAGCUGGCUACUGUGACUUCCACUGUACACACUCUACUCUACCUUCGGAGAUCAAUGUGGUCUCAGCGUUGUUACAUUCUCACCGAGCUGGACGAGAGAUCAAGUUGAGACAUGUACGCAACGGGGUUGAGCUUCCACCAAUAGCACAGGACAAAACCUAUGAUUUCAACUACCAGCAGUCCAGGGUCUUGUUGGAAGAAAAACAAAUACUGCCAGGAGAUGAAAUAAUCACUGAAUGUGUAUAUAACACUGAAUCUAGAAAUCGUCCGACUGUUGGAGGAUUUUCAACCAAACAAGAGAUGUGCCUCAGCUUCCUCACAUAUUAUCCACGAUCCCCACUUGCCAGUUGCCUUAGCAUGACUCCUGUCGACUUCUUCUUCCAAACAUUUGGAGUGAACAAGUUUUAUCAUUACAACAUGAGCACCAUUGAGCAAAUGUUCCUUCGAUUGACAGACAGCCAAAUAAUCAAGAAAACCGUGUCGACAACUCCUCCUACUUUCCCAAAACUUUCGAUGGACGAUGAGGUUGAUGAAGCUGCAAACCAAGAGGCAAUCUCUACUUUGAGGAAAAUGGCGGACUUCUCCAUAAUUGAAGGUGGAGGAGAGUCGAGUCUGUUUGACAACUUGAUCAUUGAGGAACCCGAGGAGUUCCACAACCGAAGCUUUGUGGGACAUCUUCACAAGAUGCCUUGGAGCGAACAGUUGCUCACAGACACCAUAGAAACCACAAUGUACCACGGGAAACACAUGACGUUCUGUAGACUCUACAACGACUCGCUACAAACGCAACCACAGGUGUUCAAGUUUCCAAACUUUACAAAACUUGAAGCUUCUUCCCUCAACAGUUGUCCACAGAGCAAGGAGAGCCUGAAGGGGACUCCUAAUGGAACAGGACCAAUGCUUGUUAGCAAAUACGACAUCACAUUUGUUUUUAUUUUGUUUAACUUAGUACUGAAAUAAGCUGUAAAAGACACACUUGUGUUUUACUGUGUUCAAAAAGUGUCCAAAGUUUUUACUGUAAGGGAGUACUUACUGACUUAAGUUCCUACCAAAGACCAACUAUG